AUGAAACCUCUUGCUGCUGCGGCUGCAACAACAAUGGAACAGAGUCAACAUUUAGUUAAAAUCAGAGCUGUUGGGAACCAAACCAGUUCCCAGGCUGCAUCACAACAAUGCAAGAACCAUCAGACUGUUCGUGAGAUCUGCGAUCAAGUUAUAUCUGGGCUGGGUAUUGGCGUAUUUACCUAUCCUAAAUUGAAACGGUUGAUGGAAGACGAAAGCCUGCGAGAACUGGCAUGCUCAAAGCUCAAUUUAGGGUUGGAACAACGUCUGGAUGAAGAAGACUUCGUUAAGGAACUUGCACUGACGCGAUCGCAGUACAAAGGAAUUGCCAUGUUAAGGUGUCUUUCAAUACACCUGGAUGCUGUGGCUUAG